UGUGUCUGCCAGUUAAUUGUACAUGUGUAUGCUAGUGGGUAAGCCGUUUGGUGAAAGUGGAACACAGUGAGUUAACCGUGGUGUUAUAUAAACACAAGAAACUAAUAUAAAUUCAAAGGAACCAUCCAAAUUUGUAUUUCUUAUGUAUUUUAAAACAUCUCAGCCGUGGUUUACGACCAGUGUGAAUCCUGAUGAAGGCUACGAAUAAGCAUAGCGAAAGUGUGCCUACUGUCAGUUCUGUGCUUGUUGUGCAUAAUACAAAUGUGGCAUAACUGCGAUCAUAUUAAUCUGAAUGAAUGAGUGUUCAGUAUAAUCACCACGGAUUAUGCUGUUAACCUGUUCUGGUUACGAAGCAAGAUUAACAUUGUUCAUUCCAUCAUUUUAACUGAUGUCCCUGGCAUAUUCUGCUCACCAGUUGGUGUUAAAUCGUCAGAUAUUAUCUCUAAAUAUGUCCAUCAGUUGAUCACGUUUAACAGAGAACAUUACUUGUCUUUUCCAUAAAUAGGCCUUUCACGCAACAAUGUACUAAGAUGUUCUCUAAUAGACAGACAUAUCUGAGAAGAAUUUCAUAGUUUGCAAACGUUCUGCAGUGAAAUGCUUCCACAAAUGCAACAUCUGCUAGAGUGAAGUGUUUUUCACUGCGUUUGCAGUUUCAUCUAAGCGGUUUCCGUGACACAGUCCCUUCAUAGGCCUAAGUGUUGAACGUUUUAACUUCGAAGCGUCAGACAUUUAGAACACGCACACAGAAACAUCAGUUCUUAGUACGGAAUCUACUACUGUAAUAACAGGAGAAAUCAGCAUGUAAGGCGUACACCUGUUUGUUCAAGUAGGCCUAAGCUGGAACCUCUCACAGAGACUACUUCAGUUCAACUACCAUAGGUAUGUCACCAGAAGCUUGUCACGACUGUUCGAGUUUCUCAAGUACCAAUCCAAAUUUUCACAACGAAGGCCUGUUAUUCUCAACUUUUAUUCAUCCGAAUCAUCAAGUAAAAGGAUUUUGAAUCUCUCAUGUCAGUUACCAAUCUACUCGGACAUAAUUAGUUUCCUGCUCUCAUAAACAGUCCAGAAAAAUUCUUUGUCCGGAUUUAUAAACCUAGAAAUCCACUUUUAUAUUAAGAAAAUAAUUUUCUUUAUUGUCUCCGUAUUUUCACGUCAGUGAAUCUAGUAAUAAUGAGCAGAAGCCCUGAUCCUGAGAGCAAUUCAACUUCCAUCAGUCCUCCUACUUAUAGCUGUGUUCGCGAGACGGCAAGUCCACUCAUGUUCGUUUCCAGAAGGAAGAGCCCGGUUUCUGACAUAACUGUCAAAGGAAGUUCUUCACCGUUUCCUUCCUACCCUAUUGUAAUACCGACCGUGCGAAGAGCCCCUCCUAGCCCGGACUCCAGGCUCAGUAGAAGCCCAGUGCCAUCUCAUGUCCCUGUAAUAACAACAGGAAGACGUGGUAGCACCUCUGUCGGUAUUUCUUCAUCUUCAAGUCCCAGACGCGAUAGAAGCCCAUCGUCGCCACAUGAGUUAUUGAAGUGUGACAGUCCUUCGGAAGACAUCGUCGAAAUGCAUCAUCCUGGUCUCCUGACUGACGCGAAAUCACGUCGGGAGUCGUCGCUUACCGCUAGGAGAUUUUGUGCUGCUGGUGAUCGUAGUGACGUAACUCCACCUGCCCCGGACUCACGCCAGCUCAAGUUCGGCGUAGAACGCAUUCUGUCCGAGGAAAUAUCUCCGGUCAUCCGGAGACAUCAACACCAAGAAGCGAUGCUGGUGACACCCUCUGUGCCAUGCUCCGAGUGCGUGAGUUCCUUGCUGAGGUGCUGUAGGCUCGGUGCUCCCGGGUGCGAGUCCACGUCGAGUUUCUGCACUCCGUACGCCCCUGGUUACUACACCACCCUGCACACUCCCAGACCUGUCCGCCCAUACAUGAACAUGCUGCCAUCUGAUGGAGUGCACCUGUCUACAUCAGACCGUGGAAGUGCCUCUGUUGGUAGCGGGGGAUCCAAUAAACGCAAACGUUCGUGGUCACGAGCAGUUUUCUCCAAUCUACAGCGAAAAGGCUUAGAGAAGAGGUUCCAGCUUCAGAAGUAUAUUACCAAACCUGAUAGGCGACAGUUGGCAGCCACGCUGGGACUCACGGAUGCUCAGGUGAAGGUGUGGUUCCAGAAUCGGAGGAUGAAGUGGCGGCACAGCAAGGAGGCCAAGCACCAGCAAAGUAGUAACAGCAGUAAUGAGAACAGAUGUGCAAGGGAAGAACAGGGUGGACCAGAUUCAACACAGGAGCCAGAGAUAGACAUCCAGACUGUGGACAGCUGAAAAUAGAAAAGAGUAUAAAUGCAAGUUAGCUAAGUUGUUGAAACUGGGAAACAAAAUAGGAACAGAAUUAAUAUAUCUGUUAAACAAACUCUACUGUGUGUUGAUAGCAGGUCCAUGUCAGGAUGCCGCUAUGUGAGACAGAAUAAGGAACACAAAACCAGCAUAUAAGAUCUCUGACAACUGACAAGACUACAACUCAUCUGUAAAUGCAUGGUGAAAUAUAUGAGAAGGCAUACUAAGUUUUGUGUUAUGUAUCUUCACAUCUUGCAUAUUAUCCACUCCUAUAAACUUACUUACUUACUUACUCAAGGAACUGAGCCCUUCUGGAGGAGCCGCCAAUUCUGCAGCUACUCAAG